AUGCGUCUUUCAUUCGGAUUCGCUUUUCUCCUGAUCGGCAUUGCUUUCGUCCAAAGCAAACCACUUUUCAACAACAUCAACGAUCUACAAGCUCUCGCUGCUCAAUAUCCGCAAUAUGCUAGUUUGAUCAACCAAGCUACCAGUCUUGCAAGCCAAGCUAUCAGUGCUUUCUCUGAAAAUCAAUUAAACUCACUUGGAAAUUUAGUUAGUGACCUUGCUGAUAAAGUUCUCCAUGGUAGACUUAGUGCUGAUGCUGCUGCUAAUCAAUUAUUAGGAGCAAUUCAAGCAUAUCUUGGUUCAAAUUCUCAAUUAUUCGACGAAAUUCAAUCAUUUCUUCAACAAGUCGUCAGUAUUGCUCAAACGCUUACGGGUAACUUCAACGGUCAAGCUCGUAUUGCUUUUCCAUCAUCGGCUGAUCUUCUAACGUUAGCCAAUCAAUUUAAACCAAGUGAUUUACAAGGUCUCCUCAGUCAAUUUCCACAACUUUCCAGUUUAAUCAAUCAAAUUACUAACAUCGCUGAUCAAGUCAGCUCUGCUUUAUCGCAAUCUCAAUUACAAUCAAUUGGCGGCACAGUCUUGAAUCUUGCUCAAAAUGUUCUCAAUGGUAACGUCGAUGCCAAUGCCGCUGCUAAUCAAUUAUUGGGAGAACUUCAACAAUAUUUCGGUUCAAACACUCAACUUUUCAACUCGAUUGCCAGCAUUGUUCAACAAUUGCUUAAUGUUGGUGGCUUCGGUUUAACUCGUCCAGCUUUGAGUCGAAACUUACAAAUUAGUGAUUUAGAAUCUCUGAUUGUUCAGCAUCCACAAUACGCCAACAUAGCCGCUUCAUUAGCCACUUUGGCUAACCAAGCUAUCGCUGCUUUUUCACCUGCUCAAUUGAAAUCCCUUGAAAACUCGGUUCUUAGCCUUGCUCAACAGGUCAUCAGUGGUCAACUUGAUGCCAGCAGUGCCGGAAGUCAACUAUUAGCACAAAUUCAACAAUAUACUGGUUCAAACAUUCAACUUUAUAACGCAAUUGCUAACGUUGUUCAGCAGUUGGUUAAUCUUGGUUGA